AUUUUGCGUUUGUCAAUAAUUUAAAUUUAAUAUUUUUCUACCAAGAAACAAAUCCAAACGAAUUGUAGCAUUCAAUCAAAGAAGCUCCAGUCCGCUCCUUCCCCAUCAAAAUUCCACCACAAAGCCCAAACUCCCCCUGAUUUUCUUUUUCUUUUGUUCUCUUUUGGAUAAAAGGGUAUUAUCAUAUCUUCUGCUGAUUCAGCGCGGUAGCUAUUGUACUUCUCAAAUGAAAUACAUAGACAAAUCUUCACGUAGAAACGAAGCAGAUGGAAGGCAUCGAUAAUUCCAUCCAAAAGGAUUAUUACAAAGUUUUGGAGGUUGAUUAUGAUGCAACUGAGGAGAAUAUCAGAUUAAAUUACCUGAGGCUUGCACUGAAGUGGCAUCCUGACAAGCACAAGGGUGACAGUGCUGUCACGGCAAAGUUCCAGGAGAUCAAUGAAGCUUACAAAGUGUUGAUUGAUCCUGAUAAACGAAUUGACUAUGAUCUAACCGGAAUCUACGAGAUUGAUAAGUAUACUUUGCGGGAAUAUCUUGCCAGAUUUAAAGGAUUGAUACUUACCUGCAAUGGGCUUGGCAUCAGUCAUUCGCCAACGAGACUUAACCUUUCGGAAACUAUAGCAAAGAAAGGCGAAACCGAACUUGGUUCGAGUGGUGACAGAGCUGUCGACGAUGACGACUACGACUGAUAAUGUCUGUUCAGAUAGCUUCGACAACACAGUUUUGGGUUUUAUCUCUCCGACAGCUUUUUUUGGAUAGAGACGAAGGAGACCAUGUUUUGUUUUAUUUGAUUUUUGAGAUGCUGGCAUGCCAUCAUUUUAUUGGAUGGUGUCAAUGACCACUUUAAACAGGAUCCUAUUCAAAGAGGAACUCUUUUGUGAAAAAGGAAGUGAUAGCAUGCGCUAGAAUAAUGUGAAGGUGAGGCUCCAAUGCUGGAAUCUGAAUGGGAUAUUGGAGAUCUUCUAUGAAUACUUUUUUCACAGCUGUAAACAGAUAUAAUUAUGAUAUUGGGAUUAGUUCUUGCCCUCAGUUUCUGCAUAUGCUUCCUAAGGUGCUGGGAACAGAAGUUGCGAAUAUUUGUUAGUUAUUUGCAUGUAGAAUUUAUAUAAAUUGUUGAAGGUUUGGCAUGGUAGUUUCUCAAAAUAGAACUGUUGUCCUGGGGUGAUUGUGAACUGCAAGGAGAGGGCACCUGCCUGCAUAUCGUUGAUCUCUUUUUUGCAUUAUAAUAAACCAGUGAACCCUUGGUUCUGUACAAGUUACUGGGAUUGGAGGUGGAGACAAUUUUCUUUUAGUUUUGCGGAUAUAUGAGUAGCUGUGGCGGUGGUCCUGAGUCGCCUCUUAGGUUAAUUUGAGAUUUAAAUUUUGUGUUUAUCUGUCUGCUUUUUGUUGAGUCAAAUUACUGCACGCCUAGUGCUUCUGGUUACUUGUGGGGCUCUCCAUGAUGCCAUCUUCCCUCCACAGCACCAUUCAACAAUGUGCCCAAGCUUGAAAGGACUUUCUUGUCUUUGACCUUUUGAUUCUAUCCUUCAAGACUCCUCAAAUCUAGUAAAAAGAAUUGUUAUUUUCGACUAAUACUAGUUGUCAAUCUGUUCAUGGCACAACUCUAAUAUUCCUUUAAUAAAGGCUGUGAUAAAGAAAUUAUUAUUGUUGUUGUUGUCGUUGUUGUUGUUGUGGUUGUUAAUAUUAUUAUAUAUGUAUUUAUAUAAGCUUUCAAACAAAUGCUGCUUCUUUUUAAUAGUGUAUAUAAACAUUAUUUUGAUUUACAAAACUGAGUGACGUAUAGGUUGUGAGUUUUUGACUAAUUGAGCAUUAAUAUUUAACGAGGAAAUGAAUUUGUUCAUUUGUAACAAAUCCAGAGAGUAAACGAUAAUAGAUGAAAGAAAAAAGAAUAGGACAGGUCAUUAUGACAUGCAGCCACAGGUAAGGUGAUAUUAACUAUGGAUAUUAAGGCCUCACUUGGAU